AUGCGAAAUAAAGAAGACGAUUUAAUUUCCCUUUUUAACACAAUUGAAAAGUUUAAUAAUUAUUGUAUAUUAUAUAAAAAGACGAAAUUAAAGGGUUAUAAUUUUUCUAGCAACAUAGUUACAAAAAAUGAAAGAAAUAAAGACAUAAAUGAGUUUCGUAAAAAAUUUAACAAUUUUAUGUAUAAGCUUGGAAAAUUAAAAAGCGAUAUUUUUGAAGAAAACAAAAAAUAUCAACGUAGAGAAAGUAUUGAUAUUAAAUCUGAUGACAUCGAAGAAGGGAUAACUAUGAAUAUAAUAAGUUCAGAUGACAGUUAUAAUCACGAAGAAACCCAAGGUGAUGGGAAUGUGCAUACUAACCCUAAUGGCAAUAAUAAUGAUAAUUUUAAAAAUCGUAAAAAACAUAUAAAUGGGAAUCAUAGCCCAAGGGAGGAUAAUGCAUAUAAUGUAAAAAAAAACGCAGAAACACAUAUUGAAGAAAACAAAGCAUUUUCAAAUUAUGCAAGCAAAUACAACGAUUGUAUAAAAAAUAAAGAAAACUAUUAUACCGAAAUAAGUGAUAGAAUAUAUUCAAAUCAAAGCAAUAAUGUGCAGAUGUCAUCGUCUGAUGUAUACUCACACACAAGCUCAAGCACAGAUGAAAGUAUGAAUAGUGAUUAUAAGAAUGACAACAAUAUAAUAAUUAGUAAAAUGAACAAUAUACUAAUAAAAUAUAUAGGAGGGUUGGAUUAUGCGCUAAAUGUUAGAAGAGUAUCAAAGGAGAAUUUAAUGAGAGAAAUUAAGGAAUUUUACAGAAUGCAUAACAGCCGCAUAAUAUUAGAUGAGUAUUCUACAUACUUAAGUUGUGAAAUUAUAAAUUUUCUAAAACAAAGGCAAGGAAAUAUGGAUAAAAGGAAUGCUAGCAAUAAUAAUAGCAAGGACAACUACAACUAUGACAUAGAUACUAAUGAGAAAUGUGAACAUUUUAUGAAAAAUGGAAAAAUGUUUUUCUAUCUUCCUAGUAAUUACUUUUUUACAAAAUGUUAUGAUGAGCCAGGUUGCGAAGAAAAUUUGUAUAUAUCAAACUGUACAAAUUAUGAAAAAAGUUUAAUUGGGGGUAAUACAUGUAAUUUCUCGAAUAACUCAUUGAGUAUAAGUACUACUAAUUGUAAUAUAUAUGCAGAUAGUAUAUAUAAUAAUCAAAACAACAGAUAUAAUUCUCCCGCGUUUGGGAUUGGAAAUGAUCAGCAAUCUCCUAAAUUUGGAAUACAUGAGACACACAAAAAAAACAACUGCAUAAAUGUAUAUAAAGAUGAAAAUAAAGAAUAUAAUAGGGAUGAAAAGAUAUUUUAUAAUCAAACAUAUGAAAUGGGAGAUAUAUAUUUAGAGGAUGAAAUAAAUAACCAAUUUGAAGAAAUGGAAGAAAAAGGAUAUGAUGAUGAAUUAAGCAAUUGCCAAAAUUCAACAUCGAAACAAUAUUCCAAUUCAUGUAGUUUAUAUAUUUGUAAUGAUGGUAAUUAUUACAAAAAUGACGACGAAUUAAAAAAUUCUAUUAAUAGUAAUAAUAAUAGUAAAACCGAAUAUGACUAUUAUAAUAUGUGUGCAAUAAGUAAUGGAGAAGGAAAAAUACAAAAAAACUUAAGCAGUAACACAAGCGAUUUUUAUCAAAGUAUUAGCAAUUUUUAUAAAGGGAAAGAAAAUUGUAACAACAAUGAUGAUAAUAAUCAUAGUACAGAAAAAAAUAGCAACUUAUAUAUCGGGAAUAGUUCAACUGUUGUUAACAGUAAUGAAACUCGAAUAAUAACAAAUAAAAAUGUAUAUCAAGAAAAGGGAGAAAAUGUGAUUAAUUUGUGCUUUGAUGAUGAAUUAGCAAGUGCUAUGAUAUUAAAUAAUGAAUUUUGUUUAAACAAAAAAGUAGAUAUAAAAUAUGAUACAUUUGUUAAAGAGAAUAAAAAUGUAAACGAACCCGAAAUUUGUUAUGAUGUAAAAAAUAUAACUAAUGAAUUGGAUUAUCACCAAAAUGAAGAAAAUUUAGUAGAAUAUGAAAAAGAUGAAAAACAAUGGAUUAAUGAAUAUUGUGAUGGCGAUUAUAAUUUAUAUAGAUCAGUCCAAUUAAAAAACAGAAAAGAAACUAUUUUAUCAUACGAAAAUAUUGCCGAUAUAUAUAAUAUAAAAGAAGAGGAAAAUGAUAAUGAAGACGAAAAAAAAAAUCCAACUGAACUUGCUAAUAAUAAAAAAAAAAUGAACAUUGUUCAGGUUCGAAAUUGUUCAGAAAGUAAUAAUGGAAAUAAAUAUAACCUGAUGAAUCUAAAGGUUGUGCAUGAAAAGAAUAAAAUCGAUUUUGGUUCUAAUAGUGAGCUUAAAAUGGUUCCUGGCUAUGUUAUUUUAAAUAAAUAUAAAAUAAUAAAAGUUUUGUCUAAAACUACAUUUAGCACAACGUUAAAAUGCUUAAAUUUGGAUUAUAAAAAAGGCAUUAAGAAUAGAGAAGAUAUGUCAAAUCUGUUAACAAAAGAAAAAGCAAGCGAACUGGAAAGUGUGUGCAAAAAAACCAAGGUAAUAUCUGAUAAUCCUAAUAUACCAUUUACUCAAAAUUUAAACAAUAAAUAUCCAUUUAAUAUAACUGGUAUUAAAAAAAAUAAUUAUAAAUAUGUAUGCUUAAAAGUAAUGAAAAAAGGAAAAAGCUAUUUUGAUCAAGGGUUAUUUGAAUUAACGAUUUUAAAUAUGUUAUCUGAAGAGAGUAUUAACCAGACAAGUACGGGGAAUAAUAAAAGCAAUGAUAUUACUGAUUCCACUAGUUUGACUAAUAAAAACAUUAUACAACUUUAUGAUUAUUUUUAUCUGAAAGGGCAUUUAAUAAUAGUGACCGAAUAUAUGGAGAGUGAUUUAUAUAAUUAUUUUAUAAAAAAGGGAAAAUUAGGGACAUUGGGCCAAUUACAAAUACUAACUAAAAAUUUACUUCAAGGAUUGGCGUAUAUUCACUCGAAAAAAUUAAUACAUUGUGAUUUGAAACCUGAGAAUAUUAUGAUAAAUAUAAAAAAGAAAAAAAAGAAAAAGAAGCCCACCCAUCAUCUAAGAGUGAAUAAUAAUGAUGAAACAAGUAAUGCACAAAUUUUAAAUGAUUCCAAUGAAAAAAACCCAUGUUUUAGCAAUAACAGUGAUUUUGACAAAAAUCAUGAGAACAUUUUUAGUAGUGAUCAAUUUAAAGAAAUAAAAAUAAUAGAUUUUAAUAGUUCGAUAUUUGAAUUUGAUAAGUUAGAGAUGUAUGUACAAACACGGUCUUACAGAUCCCCUGAAGUUUGUCUGCAACAUAAUUAUGACUCGAAAAUAGAUAUGUGGAGUCUAGGAUGUAUAUUAUUUGAAUUUUUAACAAAAAAAAUAUUGUUUGAUCAUAAAAACAUAUACCGAUUUAUAUAUUCUAUAGUAUCUUAUAUUGGUUCUUUUCCAUUUUAUAUGAUCAACACAUGUAAAAUACCUUACAUGUUUACAAAGCAUGGGUAUAUGAUACUUAAAAAAAUAGUUUAUUAUUCAAAUGAUGAUGGUUAUCCCAAGGAGGACCAAAUUGAUGAAAUUGAAGAUGAGCCCGUGAUUUUUAACAAAAAUGAUUUUUUCUGUUUAAAUAAAAUGUGCCAUCAAAAUGAUUUAUUAAAAAUUAAAAAUCAAAAUUCAAAAUUCGUACAUAAGCAAACAAAUCAUAAGGUCUAUUAUGAUAUUUGCUAUUCGAGUAAUACACCAUUGGAAAAUAAUUUCCAAAUCGAUGAUUUAUUAUUUAUUAAUUUUCUUUUAUCAUUGUUACAAAUUGAUCCAUGUAAGAGAUUGAGUUCGAAAGAAGCCCUUAACCAUCCAUGGUUAAAGCCUAAUUUAUACCCCGAUGGUUUGUAG